UGUUGCAGCCGAAGCCAAUGUAGUUGCUGCUAACAUAUCAGCACCCAGACCCGCUUCUUUCUUUCACUCCGCGGCUUGCAACACGUUUUUUUUUUUUGUACCUGCUUCGAUUUCCUUUUUCUUUUUCUUUCUUUUUAACUAGCGCCUGUUUUUCCCCACAUGCUUUCCUCAAGACAAGGCAAUGCCGAGUGCGUUACAGAUCAAGACGGAAAAUAACGACGUUAAUUUCGAAGGAGACAUUUGAUCCCGGAUCCGUUUGGACUGUAAACAGCAAGGCAACGAGGAAGGACAUGCAGCAGAGAGGUCAGUGAGGAGGAUGACAACAGAAGAACGGUGAAGAAGGGAUGAGAAAGAGACUGAAGUAAAAGGAGGAACUCCAAAGUGCCUACUUCGAGGGUUCGUCUUGCCGAAUCUGCUGGAUUACAGCAGGACAGGGCUCAGUGUGUGUUUGGCCUUGAAUGGAGGCUAUAUUUUAUCCUGACAGCCACAGAGUCAUCCAUCCCACGUUGCUGAGCUGCAGCCCCGACACACUCUGAACUGAGCCGCCACCUCGUCUCAUCAUUGGGAAGGACAUCUCGGUGUAAGGCUCUGCUUUUUUUUUUUUUGCUCUACAGAAAUCAUUUUAGCUUCUCUGUCAGGCAGAUAUAACUAUAGCAGAGCCACAGUGACGGCCUCAGCCUCGGCCAUGUUGACGUGAAUGUAACAGUGACUUGCAGUGAGUGUCAGCUGAUACAGGUGAACGCACAGACACUCAGCAACAUAUCCAGGCAUGCCAGAGUGAUGUGCUCACAGUAGUUUUUUUUUUUCUUUCUUCUUUUGAGGCAGAGCUGGCCUCUGCUCACAGUCAACCCCUCUAUCUCACCCCUGUGAAAACUUCAGCUGCCACUUUUCCCAGGAAGAGCUAAUAAACAUCCCCCAAAAUACACCAACCAAAAGGACUCGCUGCCUGUUUGCACUGAGGAAAAACCGAAAAUAUUUCUGCGUCUGUUUCCUCUGUGUUUUUCUGGGGACUUUUUUUUUCUUGAAUCACAAUUAGUCACCAUUGCUCUCAUCAGACAGUUUUCCGUCCAUUUGCCCCCUCCUGCCACUCAGUGUUUGUGAGCGUCUCUGAUGGCCGUCAGCAUGACCAUGGGGCGAGACACCAAAUGGCUGACCUUGGAAGUGUGUCGUGAGUUUCAGAGAGGCACCUGCUCGCGGUCUGAUGCCGAGUGUAAGUUUGCACAUCCCUCCCGGAGCUGCCAUGUGGAGAACGGCCGAGUCAUCGCCUGCUUUGAUUCACUCAAGGGCCGCUGCACACGAGAGAACUGUAAAUACCUACACCCACCUCCACACCUGAAAACCCAGCUGGAGAUUAACGGGAGGAACAACCUGAUCCAGCAGAAGGCCGCAGCAGCCAUGUUGGCUCAACAGAUGCAGUUCAUGCUGCCUGGAGCACAACUACAGCCCAUAACAACAUUCCCAGUGACGCCCUCCUUGGCAACGAGUCCCAGUAUGGCAUUCAGUCCAUAUCUGAGCCACAUGGGCCCGGCCAUGGGCUUGAUGCCUGAGCUGUUGCCCAGCACUCCCCUGCUGGUUCCUGGGAGUCCCACCAGUCUGGCAGCCAUGGGCAAUGGCACCUCCGCACAAAAACAUGUGCGCACAGACAAGCUGGAGGUUUGUCGAGAAUUCCAGCGUGGUAACUGCACGCGAGGUGAGAGCGACUGCCGCUACGCUCAUCCCCUGGAGGCUGGCAUGGUGGACUGCAGUGAGAACUCGGUCAUUGUCUGCAUGGACUACAUUAAAGGCCGCUGCAGCCGAGACAAGUGCAAGUACUUCCAUCCUCCGGCUCACCUGCAGGCCAGGAUUAAGGCUGCGCAGCACCAAGCCAGUCAAAACACAGCGUCCGCAGCCUUGGCUCUGCCUCCGGGGGCCGUGCAGACGCUACCAAAGAGGCCGAUCGUAGAGAAGAGCAAUGGAGCUGCUGCCACCGUCUUCAACCCCAGCAUGUUCCACUACCAGCAAGCCCUGGCUAACAUGCAGCUCCAGCAACCAGCCUUUAUCCCCACUGUUCCCAUGAUGCACGGUGCCACCACCUCCACUGUUUCGUCGGCCUCGACCCCAGUCACCAAUGUUCCUUUCGCUGAAUCUGCCGCCUCGAAUCAGUAGACACCUCGGAGCUUCUGACUUCUGAUCCGGUGGAGCUCCAGUGCGUUCCGAUGGAAACCCAUUUCUGCCCCGUCCCCAAAC